AUGCGGUGCUUCUGUCGGAAGGACCGGAACACCGCGGAGGGCGGCAUACGCGGCGACAAGGGCACCAAGGCGGACCAGGAGAGGACGCCCGCGGAGUACCUGUGGCGCGUGUUGGGGCUCGCGAAGCUGGAGUGGCAGCUGCUCGCGUGCGCGAUAGGGCUGACGCUCGUGACGUCCGUCGCCGCGCUGUUCGUGCCGCACUUUCAAGGCGCCGCCAUCGACGCCGCCAUCGCGUCGGAUAAAGAAAAAUUCCACCGCCGAGCCGCGCUCUUGCUCGCGUCGUCCAUGGGCGUCGCGCUGUUCAGCGCGUGCAAGGGCGCGUGCUUCUCCCUCGUCGGGCGGCGGCUCGCGUUUAAAGUGCGCACCGGUCUGCUGAAGAACAUCCUGAGCCAAGACAUCGCGUACUUCGACUCGGUGAACACCGGCGAUCUGCUCUCGCGGCUUUCGUACGACUGCACGAACCUCACGUCGCCGUGUAACACCGUGAUGUCCUUGGCCGCGCAGAACAUCGUCGUCAUCACCGGCGGCCUCACGAUGUGCUUCUACGUGUGCUGGCGACUCGCGAUGGUAUCUUUCGCGGUCGUGAUGCCGAUCACGUAUCUCAUCAAGCGGUACGCGCGGUGGUCGCAAACGCUGAACCGUGAGAUCAGCGCGAUGCUCGGCCUCGCGUCCAACGUCGCGAACGAGGCGCUCGGGAACGUCCGGACCGUGCGCGCGACGAGCUCGGAGGACGUGGAGUUCGCGAGGUACGAAGAGCACGCGCGGGCGGCGCUCGUCGCGGGCGUCAAGGACGCGUUCGGCGGCGCCGGGACGGUGGCGCUGACGAACCUCCUCGAGCUCGGGACGUCCGUCUUGAUCCUCUGGCUCGGCGGCGGGAUGACGAUGGAGCGCCCGGACCCUCGACUCACGAUCGGCGCGCUGAUCACGUUCCAGCUGUACUUCAACGCCGUCACGAGCUCGUACACCGCGCUGUCGAACUGCGUGACGAGCUUGGUGCGAGCCGCCGGGAGCGCGUCUCGGGUGUUUUCGCUGCAGGACAACCUCCCCGACAUCGCGCCGCGGUCGGGCGCGACGUUCGCGCCGAGCCGGGCGCGCGGCCCGGCCGUCGCGCUCGAGAACGUCACGUUCUGGUACCAAAUGCGCCCGAACAACAUCGUGUUGCGCGGCAUGAACGUCGUCAUCCCGGGCGGGUCCACCGCGGCGCUCGUCGGGAAGAGCGGCGGCGGCAAGACCACCGUCGUCUCGUUGCUUCUGCGGUACUACGACGUGAAAGGCGGCGCCAUCACGCUCGACGGACGCGACAUCCGGUCGCUCAACCUCGCGAGCGUGCACCGCCACGUCGGCCUCGUCAUGCAAGACACGCAGAUGUUCAACCGCACGAUCGCGGGGAACAUCGGGUACGGCGUCGCGGAGGAGGACGCGACGGAGGAGGCGAUCGAAGCCGCGGCGAGAAAGGCCAACGCGCACGACUUCAUCGCCGCCAUGCCGGACGGGUACGAGACGCGGUUGGGCGAGCGCGGGAUACGGCUCAGCGGCGGGCAGCGGCAGCGGCUCGCGAUCGCGCGCGUGUUUCUUCGGCACCCGCGGUUGUUGCUCCUGGACGAGGCCACGAGCGCGUUGGAUUUGGAGUCCGAGGCGGCGGUGCAGAGCGCGUUGGAUCGGUUGCUCGCGCUCGGCGGGCGGACGGCGGUGGUCGUCGCGCAUCGUCUCAGCACGGUCAGGCACGCGGAUCGGAUCAACGUCAUCGCGGACGGGGAGGUGGUCGAGGGCGGGACGCACGAGGAGCUCGUCGCGAGAGAGGGCGGCGUCUACGCCGGUUUGUUGUCGUUGCAAGAGCGGAAGAAGAGCGAAGUCAUCGCGGAGUGA